AUGGACCUGAUGAAAAUCAGCGUCAUGUUCUACAUCUCGUUAUUUUCAAUACUCGUUCAGUAUUCGGAUUGUACUACGCACCCCAGAGUCAAAAUGUACGGGCCCAAAGGAGCGGUCAUCGAUCGUCGGGAACCUGCAGAAAUGACAACUGAACCGAAUGUGAUCGACGAAAUAGUAAACCCCAUUCCGCAGCCUACAGGAGGGCUUUUGGACGAACCUAGUUGUCACGAAUUGCUUCUCAUGUGGCGCAUUUCUCAACGGCAAUUGGCACAAUCCACUAAUAAUAAUAUUAUACCGAUAAGUUAUGAUCCGUUUGAAUAUAGUACAUGGGAAGAUUAUGUUAAACCGAGGUACAUAAACAGACACAACUCAUUUUUAUAUGAACGAUUUCUACCGGACAGGUAAUUAUUUUAUUUAGCUAAAAAAAAAAAAAAAAAACACCCGUGAGCAGCAGAGCUCCGUCUCUAGAUUCGAACUGAAUUGUUACGGUAAUAAUAUUUUAUUAUUAUUAUAAUUUUUUUUCGAAUUGAUCUAUAAUAAUUAUGAUUGCUAAAAUUGCUCACUGGUGUAAAUAAUAAUAUUAUAUAACAUAUCAUGUAAAUAAUUAGUAAUUAUUAAUUACGUAAGUAAGUACACAUUAUAAUAUAUGUACUUAAUUAAAUUAAAUUUGUAUUGACUAGACCCCCAUUAUCCACGUCUAUCCCUAUUCCUGUUCUAUUCACGGGCAUCUACCCUUCGUCCUUUUCAGGUAUUAAAAGUAUUCUUUAAACUUUCAUCCUUUGACAAUAAUAAUAUUUAUGUAUACAAAUUUUAACCCCGUUACUUACUUUAAUGAAUCUGUCGGUGUAUUUAAAACUCAGUAUUUUCUGUGAAACAAUGACAUUUGAGUAUAAAAUAGUUGAGGAGAGGGUUGUAAAUUGAAACCAUCAAAAGGCACAUCCUUGAUAUUUACACCAUGCAUAAACAAAAAUUUAAUUCAUCUGGUUUCAUUUGAAGGGUCCUUAUAUAAGGCCAAACAAAUAUAAACCUGCAACAAUAAGGUUCAUAUUGAAAUUCAGCCAAAGUAUUAUCACUUAAAUCCACCUAUAAAAAAAACUCUAAUUCCUGAAUUUGAGUUCAUUAAGUCUAGAACAUUUAGAGUGAGCUGCGAAAAAUUGUCCAAAAAUAGAGGGGAAAAGAUGGGAAAAGAUUGCGUAUUAGGUAUUAAAAAACUUAAUUUUAUUUAGCAGAACUAUAACUAUAUUAGUUACCUAACUGCAAAAUACUGUUUCGACGAUUAGUUUUUAUUCUUUUAAGGCUAAAAAACAUUAUUUCUGAUGUACUUGUAAAAACGGUAUUUCAAAAAUGAAUUGUACAUUAGGAAAAAUAUCGGUAUUACAGUCUUUUAAAAUUUCAAUUCCGGUAUUUUGAAAUAUUAUUUAUUGCAUGUGCUCCAGUCUUGAAUAACAAUACAAUAACAAUGGUUUUACCUGCACUACCCACCCACCUUUCGUGUCCGAUUUAUAUUAUCUCAAUCUGCAGUUCAGUCAGAGCAAUAACGGUAAUAAAAAAAUAAGUGAGAAGUUGGAAAAGUAGAGGGGAACUUUAAUGUAUAUCUGUACGCAACGAUUAACCAUUGCUAACGAAAAAUGAUUCUGAGCGGAGUUCGGUUAUCAGUGUUGCUUUGUCAACCAUAUAUAUAUAUAUAUAUAUAUAUAUAUAUAUAUGUCAUAUUAUGUUAAAAUAAUUAUAUUUUCUUCAAUAAUUUUUGAUUAAUAUUAUAUAUUUUCCCGUUUUCCCUACGUUUUUUCCCCGGUUUUUCCCAUUUAUUAUGAAAACGGCCGGAAAAAUGACAUCCUUAAAGUACAACCUCAGUCAAAUUUCCUUUUAGAAACAGUGCUAUUAUUGUAAAUCGGAGCACAAUUGCUAGUGGUAAAGUUGUUCAAAGAGAAAAAAAUAUAAAAAAAUAAACAUCGUUGUAAAAACAAUACAUUCCUCGCUAUGAUCAGAAUCUAACAUGUACCAACUUCAAUCAAAUCAUUUAUUUCCCCGGGGUUCAUUCGUUUACUUCUCGUCUGGUGCCCAGUUCAUGCACAGAAACAAUUAUUUUCCUGACGUGCUUUGAAGUCGAUCCGACAACUCGGUGGGGAGAAAAAAUGUUUUAAAAAAGCAGGUAAUACCGUGGGCGUUUAAUUAAAUUAUUCUCAAAAGUUUUUGUAGCUUUAAAAUAAUUAAAUUUUAAUGCCAUUAUAAAAUUUUAUUUUGUCGUAAAUUAUCGAUAAAAUGUUUAAUGGACUCUUUAAUAAUAUAAUUAUUAUAAAUAAAUUAUUAAGAAAACUGUGAAAUAAGGAAUCGAUAAAAGUACAUAUUAUUAUACUAUAAUAAUUAUAAUCACUAGAAACUAUAGACAGUAAUACACUAUAGACACCGGAAAGAAUAUUUCAUAGCCUUAAAAGAAUAAAAACUAAUCGUCGAAACAGUAUUUCGUGGUUAGGUACACUACACACGCAUUUUUUGUUUCCAUCUUACGAAUGCAUGACAUAACAAAUUUGCGUUCAGUAGUGCCGAUUUUGUAAUUUUCGUGAAUUGGCCAAUUAUCAAAUGUCAAUAAAGAGAAGAAUAUUAUCAGUUUUUUGUUUUGUACUUUUGUUUCUUCGAUAAUUUAGUUUUCAACCGAGUACAAGCAUUUUUAUAUUGUGAUAUUACAAACAUUAAAAUAACGAAAAUAACCAACGCAGAGUCUAUUUUCUGUAAUUUUCCGUACUAUACAAAAUUGUACGUAUUAAAAGGAGAAAAAUCGAUCUCAUGUCUGUAGUGUAUCAUAUAAUUUAUAUCUAAAUGCGAUACUUGAUAAAGUGCAUGCCGGGCGGUUGUUAUUAUUAUAUUAUUAUUAUUAUUAUCUGCGGUGUGUGGUAUUGUCACUCGCUCGCCUGCGGUCAGUCAUUGCGCCCUGUCUCCGUACUUUCAUUUGUGCUUGAAUACUAUAUCGGCUAUGCAUCAUUUUGUUAAUAUUAAUCUUCUCAUUUACACCUAAUAAGUUCCUACAUAGCAGAUACAACAAUGUUAUUUUUACCAUUUGAGCAAUAUAUUUUCUGCUGUAAAACUGCAUAAGUUGCACAAAUUAAAAACAAUGAAAUCGGUAACGCCGUAAAUAUUUGCCGUUUACCUAUUAUAUUCUUUCGGAUUUUUCCAAAUUAUUUCGAAAACCCCUUGGAAAAUCAAAAAAAAUGCUCUUUUAAUACACCAAUUAGACACAAUUUUCGUUCAGAAAAGAUAAUAGUAUAAUGAUACUCUAUACAUCGGAGCAAGAUUUCUUUUCAAAAACUUGUUUACAAUCAGGAAGAAAAAUACAUCAUAGUAAAACUAACAAUAAAAUGUGUUCUCCCCUUAGAUACUAUAAAUUGGAUAUUAUGCCAAUUAAUUUUAAUAUUAAAAUUAACAGCAUAUUUUUGAUCUGCUGAACCCAGACUUGUUAAUUCCGUGCGUUUGUAAGACCAGCGACCAGAGUAAAAUAUACUCUAAAUCUAAAUUCUGAAGAUUUUAAUAUUUAUAAUAUAAUACUUUGUAUAAGGUAUAUUUGUACAAUUGAAAUGAAAUACAUGUAUUGUUACGAUGACUAUCAAAGUGUACAACGAAAGACAGUGACGUGGCGUGCAUAGUAAUUUUACUAUAUCAAACCUUAGGCAACGUGUUAAAAAAUUACUCAAAUCUACCACACCGUUUUCUCUCCCCUUCAGCUACACAUAUGUUUAUAAUAUUUAUACAGCUAGUGUUUAUAGCACUCUAAGGCUAAACAGUUCCGUAAGGGAAACGGUUGCUCGUCCCCGAUAAAUAUAAAAAUACCUUACACAUACCCAGUUGUGGUUUAAGGGAGGGGGUCCAGGGGUUCUGCUCACUCCGCAGACUUCGAGUAUUAUAGUUUUUAAAAUUAAACUUUAUUUUUUAUUAAAACAAAGAUACAUUUAUGUAGAUAAGAAAACAAAUAAUAUGUAAAUUAAUGAAAAUAAAUUAAUAGAUAUUGGGAAAUAUUUUUUGUAAGUUAAUACCAAAGGAACCCCCCCGCCCCGAUCAGAAAAAAAAAACAAAAAAAGUUCAAAAACCUCAUCUGCGCAUACCUAUAAAUAUUGUGAUAAAUUAUUAUUGAAAAAAUUCUUUGAGUCGGGUUCAUUGUUCGAUAUUUUUAAAAAAAUAUUAUUCAUUUUCAGAAUUUAUUAUAACAUGUACAGACAACUGAUGCCGUAUGAAAAAAUCGCACGUAUGACAACCACUACAAGAUCAAUCGUGGACGAUCCAUUGCCGAGGAAAGCUACGAAACUAUUCCGUCUUGAUUAUCCCCCUUCCACGAACAAAUUGCCCAUUCGUCCCACUUCCAAAGAUAAGUUCAGAGAGCUGAAAGAUCUAAUGCGCCACGACAAGGCUAUGGGAACAGGCGUAGACAACAAUGGCGAAGCGUUCGCUGUGAUUUCCACCCCGAAAAUCUCUUCUAACGACACUGGGAAAAAACGACCUGGCUAUUACGAGUCAAUGAUGACACGCCCUAGACACUUUUCGCAAGUCCAUCACAUGAACAAGUUCAAACCGAGUCAUGAGGAGAUCAAUAACAGUUUGGCAGCAACAAUUCCUGUCCCGCAUGUAAUUAUAGUUCUGUUCUUUUAA